CCAAAAUAAGUCGCUCUGAAUUGGAACAGGGGGAGAAAAGAAAGGAAGGAAGAAAGCCAGGCAUCCCCCCUCCUUUCCCUCCCCCACCCCCUACUCUCCCCCAAAGGAAGAAACUGAAAGGCGGCGCGGGGGGUGGGGGGGAGGAAGGAUUUUUGCUGGCAGCUCUGCCGGGCUGUGAUGUCAGCCUCGACACUCUCAGACAAAAAGUUUGAGGAAUUCAUGAAUAUUCAUGGGGAGGGUAUAGUCAUUCGGAUUUGCCAUUCAAGAGGGAGCUGGUGGAAACGUCUUCCUUCCAAAUGUGUCUCCCAGAAAGCAGGGGAGGCUCAGGCUGCACAAGCUCCCUGAGGAACCCUGUCCCUUUUGUGUGUGUGUGUGUGUGUUCCUUCCCGAGGUGAUGAGUUCACCGUUAAGGAGAUUUAGUUCAGUCCCUGAAACAUGCAGGUUUUCUGCAUUCCUUCCAGUCUGUAAAAGUGGCAUGGGUUUUUCUGCUCCUAGUUUGCGCUGUGUGGGAAGCUAGAGAUGAAAGUGUGUGUGUGUGUGGUUGUUUUUGUAGCAGAGAGAGGGCGACCUUGCCUCCGGAGGUCAGGAACCAAUGAAAUGAACUGUGGUAAUUGGGACAUGUCAUGUAAGGUGAUUACAUGGAGCAGGGUCUCCCAUGCAGGGUUGUUGUUUUCGUUGAUUAGAAUGAAGGAGAUGGAGUAGAUUCUACUUGUAUGUAUAACCAUAACCUGGUAAGAGGGUGUGGGGAGGACACAGCGGUGCCUUGGAGUGUUUUUACACAAGCAAUCCAACUGUUCCAUAUUCAGCACACCUGCUACUUUGUAUUAUCUUUGGCACUCCAUAUUGCAUUAAUCAAAAUAAUGUGUGGCACAGAUUCUGGGAGAGAAGCUCCAAUGUGCUUUUAUGUGUCUAGUGUUGCCACUCUCUGUGUCAUCGCUGCACCCAAGAGGGAAGGAUUGUAGCUUAGUGGUGAAACAGAUGCUUUGCAUGCGAAAGGUCCUGGGUUCUGUUCUUUGCCUUUUCUGGUUAUAGAGCCAGAGAGCAUAGGGUAGGAUCAUAGAAUUGUAAAGUUGGAAGGGAUUCCCCAACGAUAAUCUAGUCCAACCCUUUGCAAUGCAGGAAUCAUGGCUAAGGAAUAUUUGACAGAUGGCUAUCCAAACUCUGUUUAAAAAGCUCCAGUGAAGUGUCCACAACCUUCCAAGGUAGCCUGUUCCACUAUCAAACAGCUUUUACAACCACAAAAUUAUUCCUAAUAUUGAGUUGGAAUCUCCUUUCUCGUAAAUUGAAUCCAUUGGUUCAGGUCCUAUCGUCCUGAAAAGAAGCUUGCUCCACCAUUCAGAUAUCUGAAGAUGGCUAUCAUAUCAUCACUCGUUCUUCUCUUCUCCAGGCUAAACAUGCCCAAUGACCUCAACUAUUUCUCAUACGGCUUGGUUUCCAGACCCUUUGUCAUGGGAAAAGCCUCUUUGCCUGGGACCCUGGAGACCUGCUGUCACCACCGGGCUAGACCACCAAAUUUUGAUCUGAUGUACAGCAGUUUUGUACCUAUGUGAAUGUGCACAGCAGGGGUCACCAACGUGGUGCCCUCCAGGUGUUCACCACAUCUCCCAUCAUUCCUGACCAUUGGCCAGGCUGGCUGAGACCGAUGGGAGAUCCAAUCCACAACACCUGCUGCUGCAGUCAUGUGAUAAGAGGAUGCAAAGCAGCUCAGGCUUUUCUGGCUUCACUGCUGUCAGAGCAAAGUGGCUUUUGUUUGUUUAGCAAAAAGUGCUGGUGGAAAGCAGUGGCUGCAUCAAGGGACAGGUGUGAGUUGUGGAGGAGCUGGAAAGCUGUGAAAGCAGAAAUGGGUCCGCUGGUAGUAACAAAUGUACACAAUGACACUCUUCAUAGGAAUAUAGAGGGUACCGGUAGUAUCAUCUACCAAAGUAAAUGGAAUGUGAAAGUUGUCUAUAAGUUGCAUUGUUGCUACCGUAGCAGUAAUCUUUUUCCCCUGACAGAAGGCUGAUUCUUGAGUCUUGACUGUGUUCGGGGUUUCUUCUGCUGGCAACUCAAGUUGGGCUGUUACAAAAUGUUCAGUUACCUUUCCCACACUUGAUAUGUUUUUUCUUUGUUGCCCAGAAAGUUGUGCCAUUCGGUUUUCUGCAGCAGACACAGGAAAGCCUCUUCUCCUUUUUUGUGGUCUCCUGGCUCGUGGGCUUCCACUUCCCCUUGGGACAGGAAACGGAGGACCCACGAGGGGAAGCUUUACUUCAUGCUGAUGGGGUUGCCCUCUUUAAACCCUCAUCCCCCGUGACUGAUUAGUGUGGCAGAAAGGAAAUCCAAUUUGCCUGGAGUGAUGCUGCUGCUGCUUCUCCCUCCCACUCCUUUCUCUCCAUAGCAAUCACCUUAGAUAAGAAAAUGAGAAAGUCAAUCUCCUCUUCCCAGUAUGUUGCUCAACAGGUAUUUGUAAUGGUCAGAAGUUGGUUUGAAGUAUUCAGAAAAAGAGUGCUCAUGUAUUUGAGGAACAUACUUUGCUAACCUCUUCCUGUAGGUUCUGGGGAAGAGUCUUAACUUCUAUGAAAUCACCCUUUGAGUGAUUACCUCUGUGUGAUGUGGUAACUAGAGGAUAACUGGUGUAUGACUGACAAAGCAGUUUGAGAUGGGUGUGAGGUUCUGUUGAUGAAAUCACAUCAGCUUUAUCUGCCUGUUCCUGGAUCAUCUGGCCCCCUGAUGGGGUGGGGGUGGGCCCCUUUGCAGAUGCCUGGCAAUGCCAACCCUUGACAGCAACCCUACUAGUUAUGCCCAUUGCAUCUAGAGACUGAGGCUCUGAGCAGCUGGAAAAUCCAUGUAGUGUUGAUGUACUUAGUGCAAACCAUGGUUCCCUUUAAUGUAUGGUUCAAAUCUGAGAUUUAAAGCACAGUGCUUCUCCAAAGAAUCCCAGAAACUGUAGUUUGUUAAGGGUGUGUCAGGAUGCUGUCAGUGGCUCCCGGCUGAUUGCCCAGGAAAGUAUAAAGACAAGGAAAAGUUUCUUACAGUCCUUUUUUAUUCCAGUCUUUACAGAGAGAGGCUAUAGAACCCAGCCUCUUGGAUAAUGGCAUUGUCUCAAGUGAAUCCCCACCCCGUCUCUCCCGUUUCCUCAUUCAUCAUCAUGAUCAUCAUCACCUCCUCUACGUGACCUCUGUCUUCAAGCUUUUUGCUCUCCUACUUUUAAGGCUCACCAGGUUCUGGAAGAUGGAGGGUCUGGAAUGCUUUCUAAUGACAGCCUGUCAGUCAGGUGUUGCUCUGGGUCUCCCAUGAUUUCCCAACUUUUCUCCUCAUCUGUGACCUCCCUGAAAGGGUCAGGAUGGGGAGAUGGUCUCCACCAUUCCUCCUCUGCCCAGGGUGCUGGGAAUCGUAGCUCUGUGAGGAGUAAACUAGAGUUCCUAGGAUUAUUUGGGGAAAGCCCUUAACGUUGAAUAAAUGUGCUUUAAAUGUAUGUUGUGACUGUGACCUUUCUUCACCAUAAUGGUCAUGCAAUACCAACUGCCCAGUGAAAGAUGCCCAACCAGGCUCCUGACAAAUCAGUGAGGAAAAGACCCAGGACCUAAAGCAAGAUAAGUCUGAGCACAGAAUCACAGAGCUGGAGGGGAUCUUGUAGGCUAUGUAGUUCAACUUGGUGGAUGCAGAACGUGCAGCUCUAGAGCAUCGCCAACAAAUACUUGGCUAGCCUCUGCCUGAAGAUUUCAGUGCAGUUAGGUGAAAUGAUGGUGGGCUUAAGGGAGGCUUCACUUCCUUGGUUGCUUAGAACACAGAACAAGCAAACCUUAGAACCUCUUGUCUACAACAGGGAUCUGUCAGGUCUUGUCAAGUUAUCUGUUUUACCAUGUUGGUAUUCUAGAGACUUCCUGAAAGUCUGGCUUGUAAAUCUCCUAUCUCUUUCCUUUGGUCAGUUCUUAAUGGUGAUGAUGAACAGACAGAUGAAAGUCUUGUCAGAUAAAAUUUCCAGUACUACUAUGUUAAUAACAAGUCUUGUUACUGAGCUUUCAGACCCUGCAUUCAGGUCCCACUUGAGUUUGAACCCUGUCAGGUCUGGAGAUAGGAAAAAGGAAAACUCACCAUCAAGUUGUUACAAUUGCAUGCAGCUGUUCUUGGUCACCACUGCAGAGCAUCAUAGAAGGGCAGGAGAUGUAUCUGCCUCAACUGAUCGUUGCUUCCAGGAAGAAAGCAAAGAGGGCUAGAUCCUGUUGGAGUGGUGUCUUCAACAGGAGCUUGCAGGAGUCAUAGUGUGCCUGUAGGAGAUGCAAAUUGUGUGUUCCUGGGUGGUCUCCACAAGAUGCAUCUUUGGGGAAAGUACCGUAUUUCCGGCGUAUAAGACGACUGGGCGUAUAAGACGACCCCCAACUUUCCCAGUUAAAAUAUAGUGUUUGGGAUAUACUCGCCGUAUAAAUAAGACGAGCCAGCGUAUAAGACGACCCCCAACUUUUGAGAAGAUUUUCCUGGGUUAAAAAGUAGUCUUAUACACAGGAAAAUAUAGUACUUAUUCCAGACACCAAGCAGAGAGUGUCUCGUAGUAUGUGGUCAAAGAAGGUCAAAACUGCCUUCUUUUUCCACAUGGAUAUGAAAGAUGCAUUUCUAGAGAGCAAGAAACUUCCCAUAGCACUGAACACAGCAGAACUCCAAUAUGCUAAGUGUUUGGCAAACCAUUUCCCUAAUUGCUUGUGUCUGACUAGAUGUUACAUAGUCAUCAUGCAAGUGUUUACUGCAUAGUCUGCUUCCCAGGUUAGACAACCCACAAAAUUGUUAUCUUGUUCUCGUCAAGUCCUUUGCAAGAACCCAAACAGAUUGGAGGUUGGAAGAGGCUGAUAAAGUCGUGAUGAUGCUUCUCUUAUAUAAAAAAAAUUCUUUUCCAUGUUGGAAUAAACAACAGAGGCUGUUAUUCGUGAUCAUUAUCCAAAUGACAGGGUGUCGAAUGUCUCGUUUUCAAGCAGAAGGCAGAGAGAUGAGAAGGAGAGGAGACGCUGAGCUAAAUUCAAAUGCUUAAAAAAAAAACCCAACCUGUAUAUCCCUCCCCCCCCCAGCUUUUCAGAAUGAUAAGACCACAAAAUAUCAUGAGUGGAAGAAACACACCACCAUUUUCCAAAACCCCUUCAGAAGUAUGCAAAAAGAUAUAAUUCACAUUAUUUUCAAUUUCUGCAAUGUGAAGCGCAGCUGGAAAUAUUUAGCAUCCAUUUGUCUUUUAUGAGGAAGGAACUGACAAGAACUUUCUAAUGCUUCUUAGUAUACUUCAGGAACAUUUCAUAACAACAUUGAAAUGUAAUGGAAAUGUUGGCAGGGUUCUUAAAAGAGCCGGCAUUGUGUCCUAUUACACUACAAAACAGUAUGGUAAAUAAACCCACAAAAGUUACUAGCUUGCUAAGUUUUAUAGGCCACGCUAUGAGGCCAGCAGCGUGCAUUUUCACAUCGCACAGCACAUUGCGUAACUAUGGCGCUCACUCCCACAAGAGGAGGAAUGGCCACCAACUUGCUUAGCAUUAAAAGAUGAUUAGACAAAUUCAUGGGGAAUAAGGCAACCGACAGCAAACCCUGAUGACUAUGUCCUUCCUCCAAUGUCAGAGACGGUAAGCUUCUGUAUACCGGUAGUUCAGGAUCAUUCUGCCCCAUCCUCUGCUACUCCAUUGCGUGUUCCUUUCUCUGUAGGUAGAACAGAAACUAAGCAGGCUGGAGAAGGAAGGAUGGGGCAGUGUUUCCCCCCCUGUGCUAUUUCUCUCUCACACCUGCAUGGAAAUCCUGAACUCCUUUGACUGCCAGGCAAGAUUUUAAACACAUGAUAUUGGUUGGUCUUUAGCAUUCUCAGAGAAUCUGCCACCAACAUGUGACCAAUGCUUAGAAAUAGCUGGGUGCAAAGCGACUCUGUAACCUUAACUAUCUGAAAGUGAGCUGUUUGGAAAGCAUAUGUCCAGAGGCAGUGCGAGAAACUGCAGAGAAAGAGAUCUCUGUUGAUGCUCAAAUCUUUGAAGGUGUGCCUCCUCUUCCUCCAUUCCCUGGAGGAUGGGCUUCUGAUUCACUCUCUGCAGUCCAUUACAGCACACCACCGGCAGUCUAUAAACCUCAUCCAAGGAGCAUACGCAUCUUGCAUGACAUGGGGUUAUAUCACCCUGUCCUCAUGUCUAAAGAAUUUAGAACACACAUGUGGGGAUUUUGAUGAUGGGGCCUGUGAUGAAACGGCAUGCUGCACAAAACUUUGUGCAAACAGCCAGGGCUAAAACCAAGUAAGGAAAGGCAUAUUGCUAACCCUUGUCUUCUCAGAACCCUCAGGAGUCUCAGGAGGACUCAAGAUGCAAAUACUCAACAGGCGUCUCAGCUCCAUACAUGCAACGGGUGACCAUAGGGCUAUCUUUACCCGGGGUGCAAGGGGUGCAGGGCACCCAGGAGCUGAAUUCUGUGGGGUGCCAAAUGUAUACCUACUGUAUAUCAGUCCCCCUUGAUCGGUGGCAGUGAAAAGCAAUGGAGCGAAAGUCCCCGCCCCCCUCCUUUGUUGCUCUGUUACUCCAUAGUGCAGGCAUCCCCAAACUUCGGCCCUCCAGAUGUUUUGGACUACAAUUCCCAUCAUCCCUGACUACUAGUCCUAUUAGCUAGGGAUCAUGGGAGUUGUAGGCCAAAACAUCUGGAGGGCCACAGUUUGGGGAUGCCUGCCAUAGUGUCAAAUAUUCCCGACGAGUCAGGAAACAAAAACUUUGAGUUUGCUCCCCCCCCUUUAAAAAAAAGCUCAACAACUUUUGCUUUCCCCCUUCCAAAAAAAGCUCAAUAAAAGUUAAUUUGGUGGUGGCUAAACUAAAUUUGGGGAUGCUGGGCAGAUCUUCGCACCCCAGCUGUGCAUAUGCUAAAGACGGCCCAAAAUUAUCUAAUACCGAAGGAGGACUUUGGGGCACCAGAGACAGGGGGCCUGAGUUGGUGACACACACAAAAUAGAAAGCAGUACUUACUCACCCCUUACUGAGAAUCUAGGCAUAGGAACUAUCUGUUGCAUCUGCUGACCAUUGCUGGUCAUUGUAAGUUCCUGCGGUUGCAAAUACACAUCAUACAUUUAAAGUACUUGACUUCAACCCAAAGAAACCUGGGAACUGUAGUUUACCCUCACUGAGCUACAAUAUCGAGCAUCCUUAACAAACCAAAGUUCCCAGGAUUCUUUGGGGAAAGUCAUGUGCCUUAAGUGUAUGGUGUGUACGCAGCCUUGUGGCUCUGCAGGCAGUCCAGCAGCUCUCCUUGAGGGGCAGCAGCAAGGCCUGCAACACAGACAGCAGCAUCAAUGCCCAACCUGAAUCCAGCUGUUCCUCUGUGGCACAGUGGUUUGGAGCACCAUUGCUGUUUUGCCCAAGGAGUGUUGAAAUGAACAUCCCACUUACAUGGAGGCCACAUCCAUGCCAUACAUUUAAAGCUGUUGUACCACAUUUUAGCUUUCCCCAAAGAACCCUGGAAACUGUGGUUGUGAGUUGCUAAGAGACUCCUACGGUAUCCCUGCCGCAGAGCGGCAUUUCCUAGAGUUCCCAAGCCCUGGGAAGGAGGAGUGAUUGUUAAACCGCUCUUGAGAAUUGUAGCUCCGUAAAGGGAAGAGGGGUCUCCUAACAAUUCUCCAUCCCCUUAACAAACUGCAGUUCCCAGGAUCCUAUGGGGAGAAGUCAUGGCUGUUAAAGUGGUAUCCAGGGCCGGAUUUAGGUUUGAUGAGGCCCUAAGCUAUUGAAGGUAAUGGGGCCCUUUAUAUGUGAUAUUCUAGGGAGCAGGCUAGCAGGCGGUGCCCAUUACUUACAUCAUAGGAGCCUACACAACACAAAACACUGUUGCUGUAUGUAGGUUUUAUAUAAUUUGUUUUUUAUCUUAUAUUUUGGAAAUGUACACCCAGUUUUUUCCCCUUUACAAUUUUUUCUGGGGGGGCAAGAGAGUAGGGCCCUAAGCUAUACAGUAGCUUGUUUAGCUUAUACGUAAAUCUGGCACUGGCACUGAUAGUUUAUAUUGCCUAUUGUGGGUGUAGCCUGAGAGGGGGAGCAGGGUCAUGCCCCUCAGUCACCUUCACCCAAGCCGGCCACGCACCAGACCAGCUGUGUGUUUGGUGAGGAUGAGAAAGGGCCCUUCUUGGGCACUGAAAAGCCUAUGUUGGCACACACAUAGGAUCUACGCUCAUACAGUGGUACCUCUGGUUAAGAACUUAAUUCGUUCCAGAGGUCCGUUCUUAACCUGAAACUGUUUUAACCUGAAGCACCGCUUUAGCUAAUGGGGCCUCCUGCUGCUGUCGCGCCGCCGGAGCACAAUUUCUGUUCUCAUUCUGAAGCAAAGUUCUUAACCCGAGGUACUAUUUCUGGGUUAGUGGAGUCUGUAACCUGAAGCGUUUAUAACCUGAAGCGUUUAUAACCUGAGGUACCACUGUACUUGUUAAAUUCGUGUCCUUUGAGGGUCACAGCUGGUGUGUGGUAGGGCAAGCCUGUGAAGUUUAACUGAACCCCCUUUCCUGAAAAAUACUUCCUCUGAAAGGACCUGAAGUGUUGGAACAUUUGGGAACAAGUCUUUGCUUUUUUGUUGUGUUUAUCACACCCUCCCAUCUUUCUGGGCUUCAGUUUAGCUGCCAGCCUCACCAAGGUGAUUAUCAGAAGCAGGUUCCUCACAGCUAACAAUUUUGAGAGCCUAGGAGUUGUACCUGCCAACGUUAGCAUGUGGUGUGCUUAACACAAUGAACCAUAUGCCCUAAGAAUAAUUGUGAGCAAAACCAAACAAGUCAAUGAUAUUGCAAAUAGAAUUGCUUUCAGACAUUAUCAUAGACCGGAACAGUCUAUCCUCUGUGGGUAAAUACACUAAAUUAUGCUCCUUAUGGGAGCAAUCCAUCUCAGAGCUCUUUGUUCUUGUCCUAAAAAGAACCUUUUAAAUGAAAACAAUACCAUGACUUUCCUGAGAACUAACAUUCAAAAACCGCCUGGGGGCUGAACAGAGAAAUAUCUUGGCUCUUUUUAACCACACAUUAUUAUUUUUAUUAUUAUUACAAAUGAUUUUGUACUGCUAAGGAGUGGGCCUCAUCCUACAUGAAACUAUUAAAAUGCUUGCAGUGUUAACUCCUUCCUUGUUUUUGUUUAUAUUUAAAGUAACCUUUAACUUAAUGCUGCAAGAACUGCCAGCUUAAAUGUCUGCAUAACUCAGCUAUUGUUGCAAUAACCCGUACAGGCUUUGUUCUUCUUACGGUGUCUAAUGACCACCUUUCAGUUUCUAAGGAGCUUCUGCUGCUGCUCUCCAGUGGUUGAGCUGAAACUCAGCCAGCAUGUGACCUUUGCUAGGGAUAUUUUGCAAUGGUGUUUUGAAGUUCGUUAACUUCUGAAACCCCACCUCUAAGCGGUGCUAUAAUUUGAAUUGUGAAGGAGUACUUGCAGAUUUUAGGAGUACUGAAGUUUGCUCCCAUAGCUAAAAACAUUUGUAUGCUUGGCACCCCUAAAGGAAAAUACCACAAGUUCUUAGAAUCAGUGCUACCUUGGACAUAGAAGUUAUCUAUGAAGACCCAUUCCUAAAGCCACAGACUGACAAGUGGUGCAGGAAGACCCUAUUUCCAACAAAUAGCUUGUCCCUCCUCUGCCCCCUUCCAGCAGGAUUGUAAUAAAAUCCUGCAGAGACUGCCCCUUCAUUUUUACAACACAUCCAUUCACACCAAGUUGUUACUGUAAUGCAGUCACACUGCAUUGCUCUCAGCCUCCCUAAGUGUGGGAAGAGUAGGCUAUAAAUUAAUAAAUGAAAUAAGACACCAUUGCAGAGCUGUAUACUGUCUAUAUUCUAGUAUGCACACUUGGCAGAAGUGGAAGUUGGUGCUCAGUGGUGCCACAGAGCUUGCCCCAUUUAAACUUUGGAAACAGCCUGCAGAGUGAGACAAGCUUGCUGACAGUUUGAUGGGUAGCUCUUAAUUUGAAAAAAAGGGACACAGUGUGAGUAUUGUUAUUUGGGACAUUUAGAACCAAAUAUGAAAAAUGCACAGCAAACAAAAGCUAUGGAAGUUUAGCAUCUGCUAGGAACACUUUGGUCAGUAUUUAAAACUGCUUAUAUACCACAAACCAAUAAUGUGAUUUGGAUUUAAGCCAGUUUAGUCCUUUGUUCUUGAUUGUACUUGAUUGGCACUCUAGUAUGGUGCAUCUGCAACAGCCCACCUGGACGCCUUCAUCUGCCCCAGCUGCAACAAAACAUGUCUCUCCCGUAUCGGUCUCAGCAUCCAACAGCUUGACCUCCCAAACACACACGCACCAAGGGGCAGUCAUCCAUUGUCUCCUGAGACAGAAGGAUGCCAACAAAGGAUUUUCCUUUGUGGUGGUAGCAGUAAAGCCUACCACCACAGAAUAAAACAAAAAUUCCUCCGUACAAAUCACCUAGUUCACGUUACCUCUUGCAAAAUAUAACCCUUUGUAAAAUGAUGUAAAGAAAAGUUUUAAUGCUGAAGUUCUGCCAUUUUCCCAAUGUGGUGCUACUAACACUGUCAUUUUAUCUGAAACAGAUUUCACCAGUACCUGACACUUUUCAAAUAAAUUGUGUUGGCCCCCAUCCCUCCAAACUUGAGCUAACCAUGAGAAUGACAAAUUAAGCAAAUUAACUGAUUUAUCUCCUGCCUUCCUAUAAGAUCCAGCAGUUACGGUAUUGUUGGAAAUCAUCCUCUAAGGAGACAAUUGGAGGAGGAUGUAUGAAUGAGUGAGCGAGUGGAGGCAAUGAACUCAGAUCACCCAUGCAGUGCAGACACGCUGAUUAUUUCCAGCCGUUUCUACUCCUGUCCCAACAGCUGUAGCCGAUUAUACUAAGUCCCAUUUCCUCACCAGACAUGAACACAGUUACAUAAAGCUGCUAUGUAGGCAGCAGCAUCUUAAUCUCUUUGAUGCCCCUAAUAAGGUAAGUAUGCUUGGUCCAAAUGUGUGUACAGAAUUUCUGUUUUGGGUAAUCACAUUCCUGAGCUUUUAAGAAGAACUAGAGGUGCUUCUUGGAGAAAGGUCAACAGGAAAAAAACCAAAACCUUUCUGCUUUCUUCACAGAAAGAAGCAGUGUUUGCUUUUCAUUUUUUAAAAGUUUGCCAUCCCUUGAUCAAAGAUCAGUUUGUUAGGUGGCCUGCAUGAGGCCCAGGAAAAGGUGAAUCGGGUGUCCUAGAUAAAUGGAGAAACAACUUUUUGCACUGUGUCAUCUCUGUUAUCUUGCUGUACCAGAGGGAGCAUGCUACUGUCAUAGUCAUCAAGGAGAAGAGGAGAAGAAGAAUGGCUCUUUUCCCAAAACCAUCUGCUUAUAUACAUUAUUUACACAAUGGGCCUUGCGUGAUUGGCUACUUCAGGGCUACACCUGUGGGCCAAUUAUAUUGUGGAUUGACUUCUGCCUGCAGCCUGAUUGGCUGCUCCUACAGGCCAAUCAGGUAGCAGAUUCACUUCUGCCAGCCGCCUGAUUGGCUGCUCCAGCAGGCCAAUCAGGUUGCGGAUUCACUUCCACCUGGAGUUGGAUUGGGUAGCUCCCGCUGAUUCUGAAUCCUAUUGUUCUAGGAUUCAGCUCAGUACAUAACACCCCUCCCCUCUAAGUUCCAGUCCUGCCCGGGAAGUUGCAUUCGUAGUCCCCAAGGUCUGCUGGCCGCCUCUGUGUGCGUUGUGGCCUGGGGUGUUCCUUGGUCAGGGGUUCUGGUUCUGGCUCGUGUUCCGAGGCUGCUGGCUGUGCCGGGGCUGUCUGGUCUGGCGCCACUGAACCACUAGGUUGUGGCUCUGGUUCCGGUGUCCUUCCAGCCUCGGGGCGCCCCUCUGUGCCUACUGCUUCUGCUUCCCCUGCCCACCCCUCUCGCUCUACAGGCCUCACUGCCCUGCUGUCCCCUUGGGACCCCUCUGUCCCGCUCUCCUCCCGGGUUCCUCCUGGGAAUCGUCGCCGUAGCUGGUCGCAGUGGCGGCGCCAACAUUGCCCCCCUUCCGUUAGUACCUCGUACGACACGGGACUGGUCACCUUGGUGACUGUGGCGGGUACCCAUGCUGGGCCUGCCCCAAAAUUCUUUGCGUACACUGCGUCCUGGGCCACAAAUGUCUGGGGGUUCCUGCCUUUCCCCACCACUACCUCAUCCUGAGCUCUGUCGGGGUGAAGUCGGUCCAGUCUAGUUGCAAGGCGCCGGCCCAUUAGUAGUUCAGCUGGGCUCCGGCCCGUCGUUGUGCUUGGGGUGCUGUGCUGUGCUAGAAGAAAUGCGGCAAGGCGGUAUUCCCAGUCCCCUUGUGUCAUGCGGCGGAGGCUGUCCUUGGUGGUCCGCACCAUGCGCUCCGCUUGGCCAUUGGUGGCAGGGUGGAAUGGUGCUGAGCGGAUGUGGCGGAUGGCGUUCUGCGCUGUGAAGGUCUGGAACUCCUCUGACGUGAAUGCGGUUCCAUUGUCCGAGACGAGGGUGUCAGGGAGCCCGUGGGUUGCAAAAAGCUUACGUAGUACCCGGAUGGCUGCCGCCGUAGAAGUGGACGGUACCAGUGCGACCUCCAGCCAUUUGGUGUAGGAAUCCACCACUAUGAAGAAUGUUUUUCCCUGGAAGGGGCCAGCGAAGUCCACGUGCAAGCGUGACCAUGGAUGUCGGGCGGACUCCCAGGGCUGGACUGGGGCCCUUGGGGGAUCCGGGCGGGAUUCUUGGCAGGUCUGGCAGUGUUGUACCCAGGCCUCUAUCUCUCUGUCAAUCCCCGGCCACCACACAUAACUCCUGGCAAGGGCCUUCAUCCUCACUACCCCUGGGUGUGUCUCGUGUAGGGCUGUGAGGACCCUUUUGCGGAGGGGCUGGGGAACAACAACCCUGCUUCCCCAUAACAGGCACCCCUUGUGGGCCGACAGUUCAUGUUUGCGGUUUGUGUAGCCAGCGAAUUCUGGCCCGGGGCUGCUGCUGGGCCAUCCUCGCCACACCCAGUCCAGGACCCGGGAGAUGACCCUAUCUUUUGUGGAAUGGUGCGCAACUUCUUGUGCCUGAAUGGGUCGGUCGGGAAGCAGCUCCAGGGUCAUAACCUCUUGCGCAGGCGCUGGGUCGGGGCCUGUUUCUGGUAGUGGUAGCCUGCUGAGGGUGUCUGCGUGGCCCAUCGCCUUCCCAGGGCGGUGGAUUAGUGCAUACUGGUAGCCGGCAAGGAAAAUUGACCACCUGAGGACACGUGGAGACAACACUUGGGGGGUCUGCUUCUCGGGGGCAAACAGGCCAAGCAACGGCUUGUGGUCAGUCACUAUGGUAAAGGGCCGCCCGUACAAGAAAUCAUGGAAUUUUUUUACGCCCUUCACGAUUGCCAGACCCUCCUUGUCAAUCUGUGAGUAGUUUCGUUCGGCUGCAGCAAGCGUCUGUGGAGAGGAGACGUUUGAAAUCGCCCGGGCUCUCCUUGCACCUAGAGAUGUCGCUACCGUCUCUUACAAAACAAUAAUGGAACGGCUGAAGGAGCACUUCUCACCACAGCCCUCGGUGGUAGCUUGCCGAAAUGCCUUCUACGCAAAGCGGCAAGCCCCGGGGGAAACCAUAACUGGGUUUGUGACCUCCCUCCGCCAAGCCGCCCGGCUAUGCAACUUCUCAGAGUUGGAGAACAUGCUUCGUGACCGCCUCGUCGGUGGCCUGAGGGACGAGAUGUUGCAACGACGCCUCUACGCCAAAAAAGACCUCACGUUCCAGAUUGUCAGUACAUAACAACUGAAAAACAAAGAACUUUAUUUAAACAAGCUUUCUUUAACUCCUAAUUUGUGUCUGACCCUCCUCCUCUCUUUCUUUACUUUCUGUGCUGAAACACUUUCUGGUAGCUGCUCCUGUGCCAUCCCUCUGUGUCACUACGUUUCUCUCCCUGACUGCUGCCCUAAGCCUCUUACUUAGUUUCACACACUUUGAUACAGGUGCAAUCCAACUUGGAAUGCUGUGUUCAGUUCUGGUUGCCUCACCUCAAGAAGGAUGAUGGAUCAAUGAGAAGGAGUAACGUUGCUUUUUGUUUAGAGCAGGGUUUCCCAAACUUGCGUCCCCAGCUGUGCUUGGACUACAGUUUCCAUCAUCCCUGACCUCGGAUCCUGCUAGAUAGGGAUGGUGGAAGUUGUAGUCCCAAAACAGCUGGAGACCCAAGUUUGAGAAACCCUGCUCUAAACGAAACACCACUGGCAUGAAGCCCUCAUAAUGUUGCCCAGAAGGAAGUCCAAGCCUUGGUCUGAGAGAGCCCCACCAGUGUAAGGGGAGAGAAGUUUGUCGUCUUCUCCAUGUGCCCCAAACUGGUUUAGCCCCCUCCAAUCAGCAUGGCCAAUUGUCAGGGGUGAUGGGCAUUGUAGUCCAGCAGCAUCUGGAGGGCACCACGUUGACUGCCUCUGCUGUAAAGCUUUUAAAGCAAUGUGUAGUUUGGUGCUCAGAAACUCUGUUACGUGUGCAGAACUUUGACUCCUGUGUGCCUUUAGAAUCCUGGCUUAAGAUUUCCAACUUCCCCCCUUUGUAGUGCUACCCUGGCAACUUUCCAUUUCUUCGCCUCUCACCCUUGUCCUAUUGACAAGGCCCCCUUCACAUGGAAGAUAAGAAAUGAGUAAGAACUGGGGCAAAACAAAACAGCAUCAUGUUUCCAAAAAAUACAACUGUGCACCUUCCUCUCCCCGCCACCUUGUUGUGAACAAGGAUGGAAUUUACUGCCGAGGGAAAUGGAUGGAUUUAGGAAAAAAUGUCCAGAAGAGUUUGCGGAGGACAGAAAGGUCAACUAACAACAGUUUCCAACAUAAUAUUUUGAACAAACGUUCCCCACCCCAUGUGGAAAGUGUUAAGUCGGGACUCUCGUUCCUAUGGUUACUUUUGGUCAGUUUCCUCAGAUACCACAUGUGCGACAUCUGUGGAGAGGGGAAUCAGAAUGACAUCCGUGUGGGUGAGAGAGUGAUUAGCACAGGGAUGUGGAACCUGGUGUCCCCCAGAUGUUGUUGUUCAACUACACCCCCAUCACCCCUGAUCAUUGACCAUGUAGGCUGGUGCUGAUGGGCCUUGGAGUCCAACACCUUAUGGAGGAUCACCCCUGCCUUAGGGAUAUAACCCUAUGUACACUUUGCUGGGAGUAAGCCCCGUAACACAUAGUGAUCAGCAGCAAUAAGAAUAUUCUUAUAGAUGGGCCUUUUCUAGAGCCCAUUUUGAGGCAAUGCCCUCAGCUGUGCUGUAUGGCAAAUUUAUGCGGGCACCAAUUCAUGAGCGCCUUUGCCCUUGCAUGUCCAAUAAGGUAGAAUCUGUCACUCACAUCCUUUUAAUCUGUGAAUUUUAUAGUGAAGAACGAGCUCGACUUAUUUUACCCCUUUUAUCAAAAUUUAUACCCUUACAAUAUUAUUUGGAAUUCUCCUCCGAAAUCUUACGAAAAUUCCUUCUGGAAGAUUCCUCAAGUCCAGUAUCAUAUGAUGUGGCCAAAUUCUGCACUUUAGCUAUUAAGAAACGUAAAUCUCUUCUGUUGAAUAAUACAUUGCAAAUUCCUUUUGUGUAACUGUUCUGCUUCUGGUCAUGUUAUUGCUGAUUUUUUGUUUGGAAUUAUGGGGUACUUCGUAUUGCUGGCUUUUGCUGUAAUAAAACUGAACUGAACUGUUUCCCCAUCCCUGCCUUAGGGAUAUAACCCUAUGUACACUGGGAGUAAGCCCCAUAACACAUAGUGAUCAGCAGCAAUAAGAAUACUCUUAUUAGUGACAAAAUCUGUUGCAUAUUUACUUGGCUUAAACCAAGGGUAAUCACUGAGGUGCCCUCCAAAUGUUGCUAUUCCCAUCACCCUAAAUCAUGGACUGUGCUGGCUGAGUCUGGUGAGUGUUGUAGCCCAAAAUCUGGAGUUCACCACAUUGGCUAGCCCUAGCUUAAACCUUCCUCAAGCUGGUGCAUUCCAGAUGUUUUGAACCACAGUUCCCAUCAGCACCAGCUGGCCUUGGCCAAUGGUCAAGGAUGACAGGGACUUGUAGUUCAGAACACCCAAAUGGUACACCAGGGUGGGGGAAGUCUGCCUUAAAGCAAAGUUGGGCAGAUUUCUGGCUUCUCAGAUCCAGUUUGCUUUUUAAUUGAACCCCACGAUUUACCAAAUGGAACCAAGUGCUAAUGACAUACGGAAAGACCAAUAGGACCAGCGGUGGCUAGUGCCCAUUGAGAUUGGUAGGGCAGAAGGCAGGAAGUCAACAGUAGGUAGAGUCGGAGCCAAUGGCAGGUGCAAUUGGCAGAGCCAAUUGGUUCUAGCUGUGCUGUAGAUGUGUUCUACAACAAUGAGAAUGAGGAAUAGGAAGCCAACAGGCAGUGUCACUCCCUGGAGAGGUUAUAAGAGGGCAGGCAGGUGGGGACUGGCUGGUGGCAGGAUGCGGUUUCACUGCUCCACUUGCCCUAUUGAGCUGCCGUAGAUCUUCAUCUACUUUAUGCCUACCACUGUCUUAAAGCAGCGUUUCUCAACCACUGUUCCGCGGCACACUAGUGUGCCGCGAGACGCUGGUUGGUGUGCCGCGACGUGCGGCAACGAGAAGGGCGAUUUGCAUUGUCACGUGCCUGGCGGCCGCCAAUAAUCAACGCUGACCCACCAGAAAGCAAUAUUUCUCCUCCUCUUUCCCAAAGCUCAGUGCAAACGAGCCUGGCGGCCGCCAAUAUACGACACUAGCCCGCCGGACGGCUUGUGAAGCCUUAUUACAGGAGAUUGCAACCAACACAGCAAUUGGCAAAUGUUUCUUACAGUCAUAAUUAUAGUCAAUAUAGGGCGGCACAGAGUUAAUUUUUUUAACUUUUUUAAUGGUGGUGUGCCUCGUGAUUUUUUUCACGGAACAAGUGUGCCGUGGCCCAAAAAAGGUUGAGAAACACUGUCUUAAAGCACUUAGCUCUGUUUCUUAUUGGAACUGAAAUACUGCACUGGCCAUUAUUAUUAUUUUGGGGUUGGAAAGCCAGUUCUAGAAAUGUGAUGAGUGCAGGCACUGCCAUUGUUCCCUCCUUCUGAAAAUUGGAAGUCUGCCCACAUGAAUUAGCCUGAAAUCCUGGCUGAGACUGGAAUCUUACCUUAUCAGUCUAGUGCAGUGAAGUCGCAUAAUAAGUUAUUUAAAACAACAACAACAACCAACAACAACCUUCCCAAACCUCCCUUACUCCAAAAGUUCACUUUCUGUGACCUUCUUAUCAUAAUCAGAGCAGGAAGAGUUACUGGCAGCAGCAGAUCUUUGAAACGCCUCAUUCCUUAAUUUGUGGGGCAGUUUGUUUGAAUGUUAGGGAUACUCAAAGAAGAAGGAACAGCACACUGAAAAAAAACCUAUCAUAAUUCUGUGUCUUAUUUCACUGUGGAAACUUUCACAGAAUAUGGAUUUGCAAUAAAAUAGUGAGAGGGGGUGUGUCUGUGAAAGGAUCCUACUAUGUAACCAAGAUUGCAGGAGACACAGAUUUAUGGCCUUGCCACAAUGUGAGUUUCCAAAGAAGAGGCACUGUUUGAAAUGAAAUUAAUCAGAACAAAUGGUGUUACGGCCAGGAAAGUUUGUAUAUUCUCGAGCUGAAAUAUUAACCAUGGUAACGCAGAAUCAAUCGGCAGUGAGCUUUUAUUUUCAGAAUGAGACUAGUUUCCCAAGAAGAACUUUUCAGGGAGAAAAAAAAAGGCAAUAGUUUUAGAUUGUGUGUGGAUUAUGUAGCAAAAACAAGUACCAUUGAUACUGUGUCUCUCAAUAAUCUUACAUAACUGGGUGUAGACGAGGAAGAAAUCCCAUCUUGUCCAAAGCUCCUUGAAGGAAUGGUUGGGUAUAAAUCUGACAAACAAGCCAUUUGUCAAUAUGACUUCUCCAAACUCUAGGACUUCUGGUCUCUUUUCAAAACACCAUCACUGCACCUGUUACUUCUGGACAACAAAUGGGUCUCUGUGUAAGAGCUCAUUCACAAAAAAGGAAAAUCCACUUCAUUUGGUAACCUUUUCUCAAGAUCUGCUCCCCCACCCCGCACUUGAACUGCUGUGAUGUGGGGCUUCCUUCCACACUUGUAUAAGGACUUUCAUCUGGUCCUCUACAAUAGGCUCUUGUCUUUGGAUCCCCACUCCCUACAACUUCUUGUUUAAAAAUACUUCAGAACUUUUUGUUCAUGAUUGUUUGGAAUGGAAAUAUGAGCAAUACGGAGCACAGAGCAGGAUAUUCAUGCUGAACAACAUCCACUGACCUCUUAAGUUUCUAGGAAGUCCCACUAUGGAAGCUGACCUCUUGGAGACCAAUCUAGGCUUUAAAGAGCAAAGUACACAGAGAAGAAAGGCAGAUUGGGGUGCUGCUGGUUUCAUUUCAGCCUGAGGGUUUGGAGCUUGACUUGGGGCUGCUGGGCUGGGUUCUUCCCGUUACAAGCCAUUAAAGCCCAAAUUCUUAAACUGGAAAUCUAUUUUUUGAUGGACAGGCUGCCUGAGAGAUUGCCUGGAUUAUACCACGCCCAUGGAAAAUUGAUCAUCUGAAUAAUUUGUCAUGAUGAGGACAAAUCGUGUUUUUGCUUGCUGUUUCUUGAGCCACAUUAGGAAGGUUUGUGAUAGUAGGCAAAAACACUCCUUGGACUUCUUUUUUAAAAAAACCAGUAGCUUUUUGCAUUUACCUUUUUCCAUUGGUGCACCUGUGCAGGGGGGGGGGAGGUAUCCCUUGUAUAGAGCGAUUUUGGUGGAAUUGACAAGUGCAUUGAAAGGCAUUGUGUCUCAGUAGCCAUAACUUGCCAUGGCUGCCGAGUGACCAUUUUAUUGCAGUGCAGCGCAGUGCAGUGCAUUUAUAGGAGUUGUGCUAUUCACUUCAAACACAUUAUCACAGAGGCUAUCCAGAGGUGUUUUUUUACCAUUUAUUAUGUUUUUUAAAAGCAGUGGUUUUAACAAAGCAGACUGCAAGGAGAAAAGUGGAGUUAGGAACCAGAGAAGAGCAGGUAGCAGUACUCUAGGCAAGUGGUAACCAAGGUGACUAGAGCUUUUGCCAAGGGACCAGAGAGGAAGGAUAUUAUGUGUAUAUUUGACAAAAUUAUACAUAAAAUGUGUACAGGAGAAAUUUUCACACCAAGAAAAACUGAUGAAUUGUUGUGAUUUUUUAGAAAAUUGCAAACUGAUGUGAAAAUGUGGAAAACUGAACUUAAGAUUGGAAAAAUGAGAAACUGAGAGAAAUCAUGAAUGGCAUUUGCUGGACUAGUUGGGUCUUUGGUCUGUUCCACUAAGACUCUUCUUAUCUCAAGAAGAGAUUCUUGAGGGAUCCUAAUAUUAAGAAGGGAAGUAGGGGAAGAGCUUCCAUUUAUGGAAAUUAUUUUAUGUACACAUUAUUCCUUUUCCUCUUCCAGGUUCUUAUUUAGGACCAUUUGCACAGGCUUUCCAUGCCCAAGAGAGACAAGUAACAAUGCAGAACUGCUGGCUCUGAACCCUUGCUUCAAAACAUAAGAACAUGGAAAUGAAUUAACUUGAGAGUGAGAUAAAUGAUUGUCAGGUUGUGGAGGCUCUGCAAGAGUUUGUAGAACUGCUUAGGAGGCUUUGCCUUUAGAAUUUGCUUGAUCCGAUAGGUUUCCAGACCGCUUUGGCAGCAUUUUUGAGGAGUUGGCAACUCUCCUCUUGGAAUACCCAAGUGACUCAGGUGGUUGACAUGGUUGCCCCUGAAAGCUCUCUCCUAUUGGUUCAGGGUAACUCCCUGGUUCUCCAGGAAUCUGCUAGAAAUGAAACUGUUGUAACAAUGACUGCAGGGCAAAACUGACCAAACACUACCAGUACUUGAGAGUCCAUUUGAAAGCCUGUUCCAUGAUAGUAUAGGUAGCAAUUAAAUCUUAGCUUUUUCACCAGCAUUGCAUCUAUACAAUGCUAUCCAGCACAACUAUUUCAGAUUGUCAAAAAGGCCUCCUCAGUUUUUUGCUGUCAAACCUAUAGAACCAUACAAACGCACAGUAGCCCACAACAAGCCUUAAUUGCACUACAGACAAAGUUGCUCACAUCCUCUCAAAGCUUUGUACUGGUGAUUGGCCUCUGCAAGAGUGGAUCUACACACAGGAAAAACCCCGGUAUAAAUAAGUCAGAAAUUACCAUCUUUUUCCAUGUAUAACAUGCCCCCAUGUAUAAGAUCACCCCUAUUUUGGGGGACUCUAAAUUAAGGAAAUGGGGGAAGAUUGGCCAGAGUUCUUAAGCUUUCUUGGGGGGGGAUGCCGACAAUUGGUCACCCACCUGACCACCCCUGCCAUUCACACAACCCGACGAAGCCACCGAUUUGCCCGCUAACCCCCAGCAACCGCCAAUUGCAUUUGCUGCAACAGCAGCCAAUCGCCACAGCAAAAAAUCACCUGCCCAAACGCCACUCAAAAUCUCCUGCUUGCGGCUAUCACCAAUCACACGCCCCCCCAUGCACUAUCCGUGUAUAGAAUGACCCCCAAUUUUUAACAGUUCUUUAUAAUAAAUAAACCUUGUCUUAUUCAUGGGAAAAUAUGGGAAAUCGUUAUAACAUAAGAAAAUAAACACUAUGCAAAAAUCUAUGCCAUACAUAGCCCAAGUAGAUCACUGUGAAUAUGCUUUGCCUGUGUUUGCCCUUGAGUGCAAUUCAAGCCAAAGGACAUGUUAAGCUAUUCAUGCUGCUGCUGCUUUUAAGUGUUCUUAUGCUGGUCUCUUUUAUUUUGAAGCAAAAGGAACCAAGGGUGAGGGGCAAACUGGGGCAGGGAUCAGUGUCCCGUGUUGGUUCCUGCUGAAAAUUGCCCUUCCCCAGUUGCUGUUGGCCCUCUGCAAAACGCUAUUUACUUUAUGCUCUGUAAAUUUGUCUAAUCCUUUUUUUUAAAAAAAAGAUGCUAUCACCACAUCUUGCAUCAGUGAAUUCCAUUGCUAAACAGUUUCCAUAUCAAAGCAGUAGACACAGAAGUAUCGGUGGGAUUCUGCAGGCUUCAAAGUUGACAAGGGUUCUGCCACCUCCAUUAUCAAAGUCAGUUGUGCUCUGUUAUCUUUUCCCAUGUGACAUGCCAGCCACAAGACAUAUGUCAAAUGCAUCUGGCUGUCAACACCAUCUAAGGAACACUGAGGCUAACCAUUUCAUUUUCCUGAAUGGGUCACUCGCAACGAAACCAAGGGGAUGGAGAAUGUCAUUGAUUUAGCCCAUGUUAUGAAAGUUGGGAGAUCCCUGGCAGUGGUGCAGUUAUGUAAAUAAAUGAUCUUUCUAGGAGGGGGUUCUUAAGAUGGCAUUUGGAUAUUACUAUCCUUUCCUGAAAAUGUGGGAAGCCUGUUGCAUGUGGGGGCCCUUUUGCUGAUUCUGCUGUGUCUCUGCCCCAAAGUCCUGCCCUGAUGUUAUCACUGCUGCCAGGGCUGCUGGCUGCUGCCAUUGCUCCGGCUUUGUGUCAGCAGGAGUGGGGGGAUGCAGCUGGGAGCUGCUGUCUGCACUGUUAGAGUAAGGACCGAGUCUGUGGGACCGUCUCCAGAUGGAAGGAAUGCGCUUGGUGCUGAUGUGGUGAAUGGGGGGAUUGUCAGGCCGAGCUGGCUGGGUCUCAGGGAAUUCCUGUCUGUAACCUUCCCCGACGACAUUUUGCCAGAAAUAAACCAUCGAUUUGCUGCCAACACAAACAGAAAAGCUGGGAUUCCACGCUGAGCACAAAGCCCCUGUGUGCUCACUUCCGGGCGGUGUGAUCCUCUGUGGGAAAGGGGACUGGGAUGCGGUAUGUCUGUGUGUGGGGUCGUAUCUUAGCUAUUCCUUCACUAUAGAAACGGGUGCAACCUCACAGCUUGGAAUUGUAGCCUGGCCGUCAUAUUCUGCUUACGCACCAUACAUUUCAAGCUCAAAACUUCCCUCAAAGCACCCUGGGAACUUAAGUAAAUUACAGCGCCCAAGGAGCCUUUGCAGGAAGUUGUGUGCUGUAAAUGUAUGGCAUGCACGAGGCAAGAAGGAUGAGCAAGGGUGUUCUGUUUAACACCAACCUCAGCUUUUUGUCACCUGCACUUGUCUCCAAAUGUUCAAAAUCCUUCAGUUUCUCAAGGUUUUCUGUCAGGAGGAGAAGCUGAUGUUUCAUUCAUUUUACUCCUGAGAAUUUCAGGCUACAAUCUGUUUCCCACCUGAAGGGAAGAGGAAAAUGAAGGUCAAUGGUUUCUGUGGAGCCCAGAGCACAAGCUUGUGCCUUAGCAUCAGAAGCAGAGAAGGAGGUGAUGUAUGAACAACAACAACAACAACAACAACAACAACAACAACAACAACAACAAAUUGUACCCUGCCCACCUGACUGGGUUUCCCCAGCUACUCUGGGUGGCUUCCAACAGAUGUAAGAACACAUAAGCUCUACUGUCAGGGGCAAUAUGCCUUUGAACAUCAGUUGCUGGUAAUCACAAGUUAGGAGCAGGCCUGGCUCGCCCAUUGACUCUAGUGGCGCAAUGCACCACGGCGCCUGGGCGAUCAGGGGGCGCUGAGGGGCGCCCCAGCAAGUGGGGGAGCUUCGCGGCGGCCUCCCUUUUCCCUCCACCAGCCGCGCCGCGAGAGCAGGGAGGGAAGCGAGUGGAACAGGGGCACUAGGACCCUGUUCCGCUCUGCAGCGCCAGGGUCAUCCCUCACCCCGGCGCUGUGUUUCAUUGGUAGAGGUGACGCCACAUGGCAGCACCUCUACCAAUGAAAUGCAGCACCCUGUUGGCGGGAAGGAACCCGGCGUGGCCCGGCCUGCCCAGGCACCCCGCUCCACAGGGAGAUGGGAGGAAGGCUGCACGGAGCAGCGGCGCCCCCUCCCCCACUCAAUCCGGCGGCAUCGGACAGUCAGGCAGCCUCCGGCACAGCGUGGCCCUGCUGUGAGGUGCAGGGGCCGCCGUGAGGCUCCCACCGCCCGGCACGCCAGGUAAGAGUUUUCCUCUUUUUUUUAGAGUGGGGGGGGCGCCCAAGGGAUCCCUGCACCAGGGCGCCCGAUGACCUUAAGACGGCCCGGGUUAGGAGAGCACUCAGGUCCCGCUUGCUGGCUUCCCAUAGGCACCUGGCUGACCACUGUGAGAACGGAGCACAGGACUAGGUGGGCCUGAUCCUACGAGGAACAUCUUAUGCAGUUUUCUUAAGCUCUGCAUUGAGAGCAUAGCUCCAAGUACUUGCAUAUUACAAAGUGGGGUUCAGAAGAGAAUGUAAAUGAGAAAACACACAUGCAAAUGCUUUAUCUCAGGAACAAUGGCUUCAAUACAGUUUUUCAGCUGAAAAACUACUGAUGAAAUAAUACCGAUUACAGAACACUUAAAACCCAGUGCCGCCUUUACAGAUUGGUAUAGCUUAAUUUUCUAUGCAGAUGGAAAGCAUGUAGGCAGGAGGCCUUAUUUCCUUUUAUGGAAUGAUAGCUAGAGGUUCCCUGCUUGCUGCGUUUCUUUGUGAGAUAACUGCACGUUCGUAUUUGGUGCGAUUGUAAUGAGAUCUCUCUGCUGAUACUGUUUGUAAAAGGAACAAAAUGAGCUGUGCCAAGCUGUGCAAGCGUUUCCAUCCAAAAUAUGCUGCCAUGGGAUUUCUUUUAAUAGUGGCUAUAAUUGCUUUAAUCACUGUGGCUGUCACGCAGAACAGUUCUGCCACCAAGAACAGAAAGUAUGGGAUUGUGCUGGACGCUGGUUCUUCUCACACUAACUUGUAUGUAUAUGAAUGGCCGGCAGAGAAGGAGAAUGACACAGGAGUUGUGCAGCAGGUGCAUGUCUGUGAAGUGGAUGGUCCAGGAAUCUCAGGAUAUGCUGACCGUGUGGGAGAAGUUGGUGUCCCCCUAAGGCACUGCAUGGAUAAGGCAAAGGAGAUAGUACCCAAAGAGAAACACCCAGAGACGCCAGUUUACUUGGGGGCAACAGCUGGCAUGCGGCUGCUGAGACUGGAGAACGAGAACACUGCUAAAAGUGUCCUCUCUGCAGUAGAGGAGACCCUGCGCUCAUACCCCUUCCGUUUCCAGGGUGCCAGGAUCCUCGCUGGUGAGGAAGAAGGUGCCUAUGGCUGGAUCACCAUUAAUUACCUGCUGGGCAACUUCAAAGAGUCUAUCUGGCCAAAAUUCCUGCCCCGCAUCUUCUUCAAAACUGGAACCAUAGGGGCGCUGGACCUUGGGGGAGCUUCUACACAGAUCACCUUCGUACCAGACCAGGAGACGCUGGAGUCGCCAGCAGAUACAGCAAACUUCUAUCUCUACGGCAAACAGUACACUGUGUAUACACACAGCUUUCUGUGUUACGGGAAGGACCAAGCACUCCGGCUCAAGCUGCUCCAAGAUAUCGCAGACUCAUCGAGUAGCAGAAUCAGAGACCCAUGUUUCCACCAAGGAUAUGAGAGGACUCUUAAUAUUUCUAACCUGUGCAAAAGCCCCUGCACAGCUCCAAGCAUCACCCUACCCUGCUCCUCACAACUCCAAAUUGAGGGCGCUGGAGAUUAUGAAAAGUGCCUGACAAGCAUUGAGAAAAUCUUCAAUGUUGUCCACUGUCCUUACUCCAGCUGCUCAUUUAAUGAUGUUUUCUUGCCUCCAGUAUCUGGGGAUUUUGGGGCGUUUUCUGCAUUCUACUACGUAAUGAACUUUCUAAAUGUGACGAAAAAGCCUAUGGACCAAGUAACAGAAGAAAUAAAGAACUUCUGCUCCAAAUCCUGGAAUCAGGUGAAGGCUGAAUUUCCUGCAGUAAAGGAGAAGUACCUGAGUGAAUACUGCUUCUCAGCGACUUACAUUUUCUCGCUGCUCAGCCGGAGAUACAACUUCACCAUGGAGAAAUGGCAGGGCAUCCACUUCCUGGGGAAGAUUGGCAGCAGCGACGCCGGGUGGACUCUGGGCUACAUGCUGAACCUCACCAACAUGAUCCCUGCGGAGCAACCCUAUACACACCCGCUGUCUCAGUCUAGCUAUAUUACCCUCAUGGCCAUCUGCUCCAUUAUGGUGGUGUGCCUGCUCGUCAUAGGCUACGUGAGCUAUCGCAAACCAAAGUGCCUGAAAAAGGAAGUAAUUUAGAACUGGGGUUGGCCUAGCCCACAGCAAAAACACAGCAAGGACCGCUAGAGCCGAGUGUUCUGCUGAAAUGGCUGACUUUGUACAAGGGCCUUCUGCUGCGCCACUUUCUCUAGCCACCGACAGAUGCCAAGAGAGCAGCGUGCUUUCCUUCUGUCAUCUUCCCCCAUCCUGGAGAUCCGCCUCCCAUCCUGAUCCUUGGUGGGGGGAGGGGAGCUGAUUGGUGUGGGGCUCACAUGCUGUAUUAAGAACACCUGCUUCUCUCAGGUCCACCCCUCUGUGCAUUGCCUCAGCCCUAGAAAUGAAACAUGUGGGGGAGGGGGGCACCAAAUAAAAAAGUGGCCGGCUGGACAGUGCAGGGACAGAUUCUAGCCUGGAAGGACCAGCUGCUCUCAGGGUUCCACAUCCUCUUUUGCUCCAUUGGAAAUGUCAACAGUCAUUCAUAAAAAAUAAACAAAAAACAUCCCGGAGGCACCUGUUACGUUCAUGGCGAAUCAGCUAGCACUUGCCAUGUCAUUUCCCAGGGAAGAUCCCCUCUUCGAGACUUUUGACAAAACAGGCUACCUACGUGGCUAAUCGUCAGCCAGGAGAAAGCAGCGGAAAUGCACCCUAUCCAGAGAAGGCCUCAGAGCAAAAAUGCAUAUUUCACAGAAAUUAGUCGGUGAGAGAGGAACUCUUCCCCCAAGUGCCAUGGCUGCUCUACCUGGGCAAUAGCCCUUGUGCUGGCUGGUUGACUUGCCUGCUAAUUGAAUGGAUUAGUCAAGGUGAUCUGCAGGCAGCCGCUCCCUAUGGACUGUGUGGAUUCUGAACAUUGAGGCCUGACGUAGCACACUCCUCCUAAAGCAUCCUCCUAUGUCAACAGUAUAGGUCUUUGGGAACAGUUAAACCCCAGCCUUGGCAUCCUGGUCCAAAUGAAACCAGCUAUUCACUUUGCACACAUGUGUACAGCUUUGUAUUUGUAUUAAAAUAUUAAAGAUGUUUUGAUUAAUGCCAGUGUAAUUUUCUUGUCAUUUUCCAAAGGAGGUGGGAUGGGAUGGUGCUAUUAGAAGAGAAACCAAUUGACCUUCAGAGAAAAAGGAAUGACCUCACAGGCGGAGCAGGACUUGACCAUACCUGCCAUAGGUGGCAAGGCUUUAUUGUAUUUAUAGUUUCUCAGCAAGGAGAAGAAAAGCGGUGUGGCGGUUAUCUUUUUCCUUUCCCGUUGGCCAGUAAUGUCAUGAAUCGGUGCAAAGGACUGGGAAUUCAACAUCCUAGUGCUAAUGCACAAAAAGGUGGUAAGAUUGAUUCCCACAAUUACAGGCUGAGGGCUCAUCCAGACUUCUGCUUCUCCUAAUACAUUCCCCCAGGAAAACCUGAUCUUUACCA